AUGACCGAGGACGCGAACGUCGAGAUUGAUUUGAAGCAGGUCCUCCCUGCCGUCACCUAUUUGGCUCCACUCAUCGCCUUCGCCAUCUUCUUUGGCGUCGUCUUCCUCCUUUCCAUCACUUUCAUUAACUGGUUCUGCGUCCGUGACGUCGACGACAUUACAGCUUUGGAGGAGUGGGGCUACAAAGCGAACAUCCCGCUCCGCCUGGGCCCCCACCGUCGUUCGGUGGUCGGCCGGAACAUUGGCCGCCAUCGUCUUGCCGUGGCCACUGAA